AUGAUGUCUUUGAGGUCGAAAGCCCUUGCUCUGGUGGAGGUAUUAUUGAGAGUGCCCCCAUUGUUUGUGGUGGAUGAGUUUCUGAAGAUAAGCCUGGGGCUGCCGGUGUCCACGGGAGAGGAAGUAUCGCUGCUGUCCAACGUGACCGUGGACCACGUAGAUAUAACAGAUGCAGACGGCAAUUACUACGACUCCAACUUCUACAACACUUUCGUCUUCACACUCGUUAAGUUCUUCGUGUGUUGCCUGGGAUGUAUGAGCGCGCUGUGCAUAUUCGUGCUGUACACGAAGCACCUCAUCAUAGUCUACUUAUACCUCAUGUCGCUAGGGAUAGUGUUCGUAUCAUACUGGACCAAUGUAUCCGCGAUCAAACAGAUACAGACCCUCAUCCAGACGGCGACCACUCCUCACUCGGCCAGUAUACUCGAAGACAUCCUGGACUUGAAUCUGAAGAGGCUCCUCGAUCUCGAAGGUCCCGGUAUACUGGUUAUCCAAAACUUUGCCAUACAGUUCAUACUGUCGAUCCUGUUUAGAAAUGUACAUCUUGGACCUCGACAUCCGACUAUACAGAAAUUAUUGCCUUUAAGCUUCAUGGCUCCGUCUUUUCUGGCUAUGCUGCCAGUGUCACAGAAUCUACUGCAUCAUUCCCCGGUAUUCUCGUCUUUACUGCCGCUAGUGCUAGUUCAGUAUGCCAUAUGGGCGUCCAGCUAUGACGUCAUACAAGUCAUCUACGCUGGUUAUCAGCACGGGAGAUUGUUCGUCAGUCAUAACGGCUUGUCAGCAUUGGUGGAAACGGAAUGGAUGAGGUUGAAUGUGCCGUGUGUGUUGAGAGUGUUCUGGGUGAUGCGUGUAGCUGAGCACGCAAUACUGCUGUUGAUGGAUACGUAUGAUGAUGAUGAUGAUGGCUUGAAGGUGUCCACGCUACUGGCUGUCCAAUCGCUCGCCUCUAUGGCAAAGUCUCUGUUAGUGACGGGCUGCGAGACCAUAACCGCUGUCCUAGGCAUGACUUCCGUGAUAUCCUUCUUCUGUCACUACAUCGGCAACUUCUUCCAAUGGAUACUACUGACGGAGGAGGAAGAAGAUAAAAGUAUAGGCACAGUGUCAGCUAUACUGUUCUACAUACUCGCUCUCCAGACGGGACUGACUUCGUUAAACCCGGAGAAGAGAUUCAUUCGUUUGUGCCGUAAUUUCUGCUUAUUAUUCACGGCUCUGUUGCAUUUCUUGCACAACAUAGUGAACCCGAUGCUGAUGUCUCUCAGCGCGUCCCACAAUCCGAGUACACACAGGCACGUGAGAGCGCUAGGCGUGUGCGCAUUUCUAAUCAUAUUCCCGAUAUCUCUGCUGGUGUAUCUCUGGUCACAGCAUUCAAUUUCCACGUGGCUGCUGGCUGUCAGCGCGUUCAGUAUAGAGGUCAUUGUUAAAGUCAUCGUUAGUCUCAUGAUAUACUCGUUGUUCCUGUUCGACGCGUACAGAAGUACGUUCUGGGAGAAACUGGAUGAUUACGUGUAUUACAUACGAGCGUUCGGCAAUACCAUAGAAUUCUGCUUUGGCAUCUUCUUAUUCUUCAACGGCGCCUGGAUAUUACUGUUCGAGUCUGGCGGCGCGAUCCGGGCGGUCAUGAUGUGUAUACACGCGUACUUCAACAUCUGGUGCGAGGCCAGGGCCGGCUGGUCGGUGUUUAUGAAGCGUCGUACAGCAGUUAAUAAGAUCAACUCCUUGAAAGAAGCCUCCGCGGAUCAAUUGCACCGGUUGGACGAUGUUUGCGCAAUCUGCUACCAAGAGAUGCACUCGGCGAAAAUAACGAGAUGCAACCACUACUUCCACGGCGUGUGUCUCAGGAAGUGGCUCUACGUCCAGGAUCGGUGUCCAUUGUGCCACGACAUUCUAUACAAGAUAGACAACGACCCGAACAAAGAUAACAGCUCGGAAGCAGCCAACGAAGAGAACAGCAACAACCAGAACCUGCUCCUAGAAGACGAACCGGAGCUGAUGAACGACGUGAGGUGA